GUGGAGUCAGUGGGCGCGCCGCGCGGCCUACAUCAUCACAUGACCGAUUUGGCGGUGCCACGCUCGCCGCUGGGCGGCUCCUCGUUUUCCUCCGGCAUAGUCGCAAACAACCACGCAUACCAAGCUGCAGAUCUUUUGGCGGCGGUCAUGCGUCGAUGUUCGCGUUGGGGUAAGGCCCGGGUGGUCGCAUCCGCAUGAUCGUCAAAGGAAGGCUCGGCUUCGCAAGAUUUUGGUUGCUCUUGCCCAACUCGCAGCAAAGCCGCGGGAGCUGCAGGUUCAAAUGGUCAAAGGCUGAGCCUGCUUCCACUUUCAGCAAUCGUUGGGUCCUCCGCAUGCAGAGCCCGCCUGCCUCGCAGCCGCCUCGGCGACCCCGCUCUCAAAUAGCGUCAAGCAGCCUACUCGCUAAUCGGCCACUUGCUAGCCCGCCUCAUUCAGCCCUGGAGAGCCGGGGAAGAAGCUCGAGGGCACCGCGAACACGCAGCUGCAGGUUACCCGCUGCAGCGGCCGGAACGCGCUCGCCACCGCGGGCCCGCGCAGCCUCGCCGCCCCUGCACGCUGGCGCGCCCGCUUUUCGCGGCGCCUGGAUGCGCUAGUCUUUGGUGGGCAGGGUGCAGGGGCACCGCUGAGUUGGGCGUCGCGCAGGCAGUGAGGAGGGAGGAGGAGCGGCGGAGCAAGA